UAAGCCUCAGGGUUAGUUGUAUCAAGUAAGCUGCUUCAGGGAGAAUAACAGUAUGACAGGCGAGGCUGACCUGGGAAAGGUCCGCCGCACCAAGAAGUUCACUUCCUACGAUAGUCUGAGAUUUGAGAAAGAGAGGCUGGAGACAUUUAUUGAUUGGCCCGUGAAGUGGUUAAAACCAGAUGACCUGGCUUGUGAUGGAUUUUAUUACCUGCGGACGGCAGAUCACUGCGCCUGUGUGUUUUGCCGGGGCAUCGUGGGGGGGUGGGAGUAUGGAGAUAUCCCUCGGGAGGAGCACAGGCGUCACUUCCCACAUUGUCCGUUCAUCAAUGGCGAGCCAGUGGGCAACAUUCCCACUGCCCAGAGCAUGCUCAUGUCACAAAUCACUCCAAGCCCUGAGACUGCCCCUCUGCCUCCUCUCAGUAUGGGCGUGUGUGACAUAGGAAGGCCCAUGCCAGGAUCUUACCCUGAAAUCAAACCCCCAAAAAAGGCAGAUCUUGACUUUCGGAACAUAGAUCUUCCGCAACACACAAGCCCCAAGAGAAAAGAAUUUCGUUCCCAGGAGAGUCGUGAUAAGAGUUUCAUAGGGUGGCCAGACCGGGUGAAGCAGGUCCCGAAGGAGUUAGCUGAGGCUGGUUUCUUUUAUUGUGGGCUGAGUGACCAUGUUAGGUGCUAUCACUGUGGUAAUGGAUUACGAAACUGGGAGAAAGAGGCUGAUCCAUGGGAGGAGCAUGCACGGUGGUACCCAGAGUGUGUCUAUGUGCAUGUCAAGAAGGGUCAGGAAUUUAUUGAUAAGGUGAGGCGAGAGAAGCCACCAUACCUGCGAUCCCAAACUGCCCCCAAGACCAGUUCAUCAUCCUUAGCCCGGCCAAGGAUCACAGAGAGUGAGAUUGACCCCCUCAUGGAGCUAGAUAUCAUAAAGGCCACACUGGAGAUGGGCUUUCCAGCAGACAAAGUUCGGCCAGCUCUACGGAGGAAGCUAGAGCAGACAGGGCUGCCCUUCUUCAACCUGGAAGCUUGCAUUGAGGCCGUCCUGCAGUACAUGGAAGAGGAGACUCGCCUGACCCUCCGGGAGUCAUCGGCCAGGAGUUUAGAGUUAGAAGCAGCAUCUCAGCAAGGGGCCAAGAUGCAAACCCUGCAGGCAGCAAGUGAAAGGCAGGCUUCAGCAUCUUCCUCAAGCUCCAUUCCUACCACCACCACCACUGCCACUGCCACUGUUGGUGCAGUGUCUUCCUCUUCAUCUACCUCCUCAUCCUCCUCAGCCAGCUCCUCCUCCCAGCAUGACCCAGCAGCAUCCAACACAGAGGAGCCCAUGGAGACUGAGUCCUCCCCCAUUACCCCUACACAUGAUGUCCUCAGUCAAGCAGACUACAUCAUGGGAGUGGCAGAUCAGGCCCUUAAUGCUGACCCCACUUCUUCCUCCUCCCCUACUCCUAACCCUUCAGCUGAACCCUCUCUAGUCACCUCUGCAACCUCCACUCCCACCAAUCCAGUUGCUGCUGUUGGCCUUGCUUCACCUCAAGCCACCCCUGCUGCCUUACCCACAUUCAAUAACUCCCCUGAUGCUGUGAUGGAGAAGGUGGCCAAGAAGACAGUCCCCUCUACUGAGCCUUCAAUCGCUGCCCAAGACCCUGCUGUAGAAUUAGAGAAGAUCAAAGACUCCCACAUGUGCAAGGUGUGCAUGGAUGCUGAGAUAGACAUGGUGUUUCUGCCUUGCACCCACAUGGUAACCUGCUCAUCUUGUGCCCUUGCCCUUGCCCAGUGUCCCAUCUGUCGCACGGAUAUCAAAUAUGCCAUCAAACCUAUCCUUUCCUGAGUGCCCUCUAAGAUCUUCUUGCUUUCUUAUUUAUCUUCAGCUUUUCCUCCCAUUUAUGAUGUAUAUGUUAAAACAAUAAAUUACAUCAAUCUUU